AAAAUCCCCAUUUGAUAACUUUCGUAACCUUCUUUGCAUUCUCAUUGUUUUCUCUGUUGCUUAAUAUUUCCCCAUUUUCUAGCUGUAUUCAUCCUUUUCGAUCUUGGGUUUCCUCGAUUUUAUUCAGAUAAGUAUCAAAAUUCUGUUUCUUUACUGAUUAUUUUGAUCAAAAACAAAACUUUGGUUUUUGAUUAGAUUUCGAUUCAAUCUUUAGAAAUUUCACUCAGAUCCAAAAUUAGGGUUUCUGUGAGGUCAUUUUGAUUUGUUUUUUUCUUCUUUUUUUUUUCUUAUCCAGGCUAAAUUUUCUGAAAUCGAAAUUUAGGUUGGUUGAGUCAAGAUCUCAAUGAUUUUAGCUUUAUUUUUUGAAUCGAAUAUAUAUCUCUGAUUCUAUAUGAGUUAUUUAACGUUAUUACGUAGGAUCCGUCUUCUUCAAUCGUUCUCAGUUGUUUUCCUCUACUGGUUUUACAAUUUCUCAUGGACUAAUUCUGCUGUUUCAACCUGAUUUAGUAUUUCAUUUUGUGUAAAUACCCUAAAAAAUUAGAUAAAAGUAACAUAAAAUAUUUUUAAAUCAAGGGUUUCUUUGUAUAUCCUAAUCUAAGGUAGUCAGUCAUGAGUAAACGGGCAGCAAUAUCAUUGAGUUCAGGAUCUGAAGGAGGAGGUGGUGAACCACAUCUGGAUGAUGAAAGAAAGAAGAAAAGAAUGUUAUCUAAUCGGGAAUCUGCCAGGCGUUCGCGAAUGAGGAAACAACAACAUUUAGAUGAAUUGCUUAAUCAAGCAGCUCAAUUGCAGAAAGAAAAUGAUGAAAUUGUUAAAAGGGUUAAUCAAAUGACGGAGAUGUUUAGUAAAUUUGAUUCGGAUAAUAAUAUUUUGAGAGCUCAAAUGGCUGAAUUGACUGAUAGAUUACAGUCUUUGAAUUCAGUACUGAGGGUGAUUGAAGAGAUUAGUGGGUUUCCAAUGGAUAUUCCUGAAAUUCCAGAUCCUUUGUUGAAGCCAUGGCAGCUUCCUUGUCCAUCACAACCAAUUAUGGCGAAUAUGUUUCAGUGUUAGGAAGUUUGAAUCAAUAUCUCAAGCCGCCGCUGCUGCUGUCCCUGCUGGGUAAGAUAAGACUCAGUGUCUGUCUUUUGGUUUAUCUAAUGUUUUUUUUAGGGUUCGAGCCUAUUUGUAUUCUGUGUUGGACUAGAUAUAUUUAAUAGUUUGGGUUUAAUAAUUUGUCUGAGUUCAAUGGUGGUGUGUUACUACUAUGACAAUGUUGUUUGUUACUGGGGGAAUCAUAACCAAGUCUUGUUGGUUAAUUUUGAAGUGUUUGUUAAUGGUAUGAUUAAUCAAUGCUAUGAUUGUUGUUUGUUCUUUAAA